AUGUCGAAGUCCAUCGUUGGAACCCUUCCCUACCCUUCCCGGUUCGAUCAGAAAGCGACCACUAAGUCUGGCAAGCCUGGGCAAAUCAGUGAUGAGAGCAUCACGCUUCCCAAUGUCCGCGGUCGCACCCCAUCUCUCCAGGCAUCUCGCCUGCGCACAAUGAUGCUCGAAGCCUACCGCGACCCAUUCAAGACCCUCGCACACGCCUGCAGCUACGAUGGUCUAUCUUCUCGUCUUGUUGAGGAAGCCGGCUUUCCCAUGAUCUUCCUCGCCGGUUACCCUUGUGCAAGCUUUCUUUGUGGUGAAAGGGCAAGUGAAAACAGGAUUUCCUAUCGGCAGCCAUAA